AAAAGCGCCGCUGUCAGCGCUGGCGCUUUGCGGGCAAAAAAGUGUCUUAGAGCAGAUCCUGGUAGGAGAUCUCGGCGGACAGCCUUCCUCCGCCUCGUUGGCCGUGGCCUGGUUGCAUUUCCUCGCCUGCCCCGCUUCUCCGCCCGUCCUCCCCAUCCAGCAUGAAAGCUAUCAGCCCGGUGCGGUCCGUCAGGAGCUGCUACGAAGCCGUGUGCUGCGUCUCGGAUCAGAGCCUCGCCAUCGCCCGGGGCAGCAGUAACAAGAGCCCCGCUCUGGAGGAACCGAUGAGCAUUCUCUACGACAUGAACGAUUGCUACUCGAAGCUGCGUGAGUUGGUGCCUGGCAUUCCGCAAGGCAGUAAAGUCAGCCAGGUGGAAAUCUUGCAACACGUCAUCGAUUACAUCUUCGAUCUCCAGAUCGUGCUAGAGGAGCAGGCGAAGAAGGGGCAGGAUCCCUCGACCGAGGCUUCUCUGCUCUCCUUAAAAGCAGCUGAACUUGCAUCGGAACUCUGCUCAAAGGAGGAAAGAACCCUUUGCCACCACUAAAGGCUUAACAGGCUGCAGGUGUGGGAUCCUGACACUGGGUUCUCUCCAGCGAAAGAAAGGGGGAGGAAAAAAGAAAGAAGGAAAAUUAAGACCUUGACUGGAGAAAGAAUCAGCUGUUCCAAAACUGGGCAUCCCUAAUGGACGGACGGACCUCCCUCCUGUGCCUUUAUCUUCCAGAUAAACUGCAGAACGAGAUCACCCAAGGCAAUUUCUCCACUGGGUCUUCCAAUAACAACUUUUUUAAAAAAAACAAACAAACUUGUGUUACUUUUAUCUUCCAUCAGCCUGAAAACAAGAAACUCUGCAGGCCAGGACUGGGGGUGCUGGGGAAAGCAUCUUGCCUUUUAUUGUCAAAUUACUCAUUCAUUGGAUUGCUGCCUUGCACAAGAAGGAAUUUGGUAUCCUAAAGCAGUUUUUUGGCAAAGGUAGAAGAAAGGGGGAAAAAACCCUCUUGAGCCAUCAGAUUUGUACUGCCCAUUGUUUGGGCUGAAGAGAGCUAAAAGAAUGUGGAUUUCAUUCUUCCACAGUUGCAAUGCUUUGGUGUAGAGGUUUAUGGAGAGAGAUGUUUUUUGCUCUUUUUUAAAAAAAAUGAAGCAAAAAAAAAAAUCGCAGAUAACUCAGCUUGUUUGUAUAUUUUGGAUUAUAGUUUUUUAAUGUCAGUUUGGGGCGGGGGCUGGGAAGGGAUGUAAGACUAUGAAAAUUGAACUCACUUGAGGUUGGUUGAGCCUCAUGAGUUAAAAUUGUUGAACUCUAUAAUAGAGAUGACAUACGUACCUUUUUUUGGCAGGAAGGUGAAUUUCUGUUUCCGAGAAUUGUACUUGCUUUGUAAAAAAAAAACUUUUUAUAAAAGUUUCUUAAUAAAUUUUAAACUUUUUUAAAUUCUU